AUGAGCGGUUUAAGCAACCCAGGUACUACCACACCAAGAAAACAGAGCAAUGCUAGUGAUAUAUUAUCAGAACAAUCAACUCCGCGUGGUGCUAAACAUGAACGUGACGAUGGUGAUGAUGAUUCAGAAAGCGAAGAAGUAACUCCUGGUAAAAAUGAAAAACGUGCCGGCCGACGUAAGAUAAAAAUUGAAUACAUUGAAGAUAAAAGCAGACGUCAUAUUACAUUCAGUAAAAGAAAAGCUGGUAUAAUGAAGAAAGCUUACGAACUUAGUACUUUAACCGGAACUCAAGUAUUAUUGCUCGUAGUAUCAGAAACUGGACUUGUAUAUACUUUUACCACACCAAAACUUCAACCUUUAGUCACUAAACCAGAAGGAAAAAAUCUAAUUCAAGCUUGCUUAAAUGCUCCAGAUGCCACUCCUCCAGGUCAAGAAACAAAUAACAAUAAUAUAGAUAAUAAUUCUAAUGAUGUUUAUGAUGCUGAUCGAAAGCCACAAACAAAUCCAAAUAUUCAACAAACACAACCUUAUUCAACUUUAGGUAUAAAUCCAUACCCUCAAUACAGCGGAAUUCCAAAUGGUAUGGCAAUAGGCGGUGGAAUUGCUACUACUCCAUAUAUGUCAACAGCUGCUGCUGCCGCCUAUCCACAAUACGGAAAUCAACAUUUGAAUUAUGCUACCGCUGCUGCUCAAAAUCAUCCUUAUAUGCAACAAUCUAAUGCCGCCGCCGCUAAUGCCUACUGGCCUACCAACGCUAAUAAUGCUGGCAAUGCUAACUCUGGUGCUGCUAAUAAUAACAAUAAUCAAGCUAAUUCUCCCAACAAUAAUCCAAACGGUGCUAAAUAUCAAAAUCAACAAUCUGAUAAAAAAUAA